AAGAUAAUUUUCUUAAAAGAAAGAUUUGAUUUAUGCAUGGACAAGGGUCACUCACACGCCCUGCGACCACGAAGGUGCAUGUGUGGAGAGGGACGGGCGGCGAUGCCAAGUAGGCCACGGCCGCCAGGUAAAUUCGCUUGCUUCGUUUCCGGCGCCAAAAAAAAAAAAAAACUCAAGAAAGAGAAGGCACCACCGCGCAGCCAGCCACCCCCGCCUCCACUCGCCUUCUUCCUCCCUGCACAUAUGCGGAUGCUGCUGCCAGAAUAAAACCCAACACCAAUGGCGCCGCCUCCAGCCACAGCCACAGCCACCUCUGGAUUCUCUUCUUAAUUCGUCGUCGUCUUCUUCGUCUACCUCGCGAUCCUCCUACUACAUGUAGGAUCGGUCGAUCGAUUGAUCGAUCAGCUGUCGAGGCGUGAGGUGGACGAUGACGCUGGGAAGCGCGACACCGGAGACGGAGGAGAGGGCUGUGCGCGGCGGCGGCAAUGGCGAUGGCGAUGGCGAUGGCGGCGGCGGCGGUGAGACGGCGAGGUGCGUGGCGGUGGCGGUGGAGGAGGCGUGCUGCGGGUGCGCGCAGCUGGUGGUCGGGCCGCCGAACCCGAUGAUGGCGAGGUACGUGUACGCCUUCGUGUUCCUGGCGACGAACAUGCUCGCCUGGACGCUCCGGGACUUCGGCCACCCGGUGCUCGCCGAGCUCCGGCGGCUCCGCGGCUGCCAGGGCGCCAGCUACUGCCUCGGCGCCGAGGGCGUCCUCCGCGUCAGCCUCGGCUGCUUCCUCUUCUUCUUCGUGAUGUUCGCGUCGACGGCGAGGACGAGGAAGACGCACGACCGCCGGAACUCGUGGCACUCCGAGUGGUGGCCGGCGAAGAUCGUGCUGUGGAUGGGCUUCACCGUCGUCCCCUUCUUCCUCCCCUCGGUGCUCAUCCAGCUCUACGGAAAGGUCGCGCAUUUUGGAGCAGGGGCGUUUCUGGUGAUCCAGCUCGUGAGCGUGACCCGGUUCAUCGGCUGGCUCAACGACUGCUGCCGUUCAGAGGCGAACCUGAAGAGAUGCCACAUGCAGGUGCAGGUGGUCUCCAUCGCCGCGUACGUCGGCUCCAUCCUUGGCGUCGUCCUCAUGUACGUCUGGUACGCGCCGCGGCCGUCCUGCAAGCUCAACAUCCUCUUCAUCACCGUCACCCUCUUCCUCGUCCAGCUCAUGGCCGGCGUCUCGCUCAUCUCCAAGGUGAAGGCUGGGUACCUGGCGCCCGGGCUGAUGGGGGUCUACAUCGUGUUCCUCUGCUGGACAGCGAUCAGGAGUGAGCCUCACACGGAGAUCUGCAACAAGAAAGCAGAGGUUGCAACGAGUGCAGACUGGGUUAACAUCGCGAGUUUCGUGAUCGCGGUGAUCGUCAUCGUCACGGCGACCUUCGCCACAGGGAUCGAUUCCAAGUGCCUCCAGUUCAAGAAGGCCGAGAGCGAGCAGCCCGAAGACGACGACGUCCCCUACGGCUUCGGCUUCUUCCACUUCGUGUUCGCCAUGGGCGCCAUGUACUUCGCCAUGCUCUUCGUCGGCUGGAACGCUAAUCAGACCAUGGAGAAGUGGACGAUCGAUGUUGGCUGGGCGAGCACCUGGGUCCGGGUCGUCAACGAGUGGCUAGCUGCCAUCGUGUACAUAUGGAUGGUGAUUGCUCCGAUUGUCUGGAAGGGGAGGCAGGUCGGCUCAUCGCCAGAGUGCACAUGACACAAGCAGAAGCAGCAUUUGCAAGGAUAAGAAAUAUACGGAGAAGCAGCUAGCGAGUGAUCCAGUGAUGGAAAAAACUUGGUCAGUUAUACACGAAAUUACCUGCAUGAACAGGGAGAUGUAUAUGUACAGCAGGAGGCGGCGAAGGAGAAGGAGAGAACAGUUUUGCUUUUGUCGCAGCUGCUGCAGCCAGUGCAGGUAGAGGCAUACUAUGUGCAAUUGCAUUCAUGCCCACACGAGUGAGUGUAGCUAGAGCUUCGAUUUCUCAGUUCCUAUUCUGUUACUGGAAGGGCAAUGCAUUGAAUCAACAGGCAUAGUAGUGAAAACUUGCUGUUGAACAUGCAAAAAAAAGAAGCACACUUUGAAGCAUACAGUGACUUAAUUCACUUUUGACACACUGCCAGGUGAGUCAGGUGACUAAUUGCUGUCGCUUUGACACACCGCAAAAGAUC